AUGGCUCUGUUUGCCGCUUUUCUUGAGAUUUUGCGAAGGCCCAGAAUUGGAGAUGUGAUUUAUGAGCUGCUUGAGUUCACGGCGCCAAUUUGGGCGGCGGUUGUUGUCGGCGUUUUGUUGGGUUGGGCGUGGAGGCCCAAAUGGGCUGAUAAUCUGAAUUCGGAUUUUCUGGAUUAUACUUCGAAUAAAGUAAUGUCGAAGAAAUUAAGAAUUUACACUUUCCCACAGUUAUCUGCUUUAGUCCCGAGCUUGAGCUUGUCCAAGCUUCAAUUGCCAGCAUGGAGCUUUUCGUGGAUUUCAGAUGAUGGGCUUGAAAAGGAUAAUUCACCCUUGCCUUCAGUUUCUGAUAUAAGCUUGUCCGAGGCGAAAAACGAAGAAUCGAGCCUUGUGAAUGAAGAUGAUUUGAGGCAUUUGCAUAGAUUAGUCGAAGAAAAAGACGGAGGCCCUUCUUGGAUAAAGAUGAUGGAGAGGUCCACACACAAUAUGAGCUACCAGGCUUGGAGAAGGGAUCCUGAGAUUGGACCUCCUCAGUAUAGGAGUCGAACUGUGUACGAAGAUACCACACCUGAAAUGGUGAGGGAUUUCUUUUGGGACGAUGAAUUUAGAUUAAAAUGGGAUGAUAUGCUGAUACAUGCCGAGACUUUGAAGGAGUGCCACACGAGUGGAACAAUGAUGGUUCAAUGGGUGAGAAAGUUCCCAUUCUUUUGUAGUGACAGAGAGUACAUAAUAGGCCGAAGGAUUUGGGACUCGGGACGAACGUAUUAUUGUGUAACAAAGGGUGUGCCGAACUCCUCUGUGCCACGUCGUAACAAACCAAGACGCGUUGAUUUGUACUACUCAAGUUGGUUCAUUCGCACAGCCGAGUCAAAGAGAGACGGUCGACCGACUGCAUGCGAAGUCAUACUCUUCCAUCACGAAGACAUGGGCAUCCCUCGAGAGAUUGCCAAGCUCGGUAUCCGCCAGGGCAUGUGGGGCGCUGUCAAGAAGAUCGAUCCGGGCCUUCGGGCCUACCACAAGCACCGGGCUAUGGGAGGCCCACUCUCUCCAAGUGCCUCCUUGGCCCAAAUCAACACCAAAUUUAGUUCCCCCGAUUCAAGCCCGAGUAGUGAUUUUUCGGAAGUGGGCCCGAUUGAUUCGGCAGAAAAGCCACGAGGCAGAGGUUUUCCAAAGUUGCUUGUUUUUGGUGGGGCCCUUGCACUCGCUUGCACUCUCGAUCACGGGCUUUUGACCAAAGCCGUUAUAUUUGGUGUCGCAAGAAGGUUUGUGAAAACGGGUAGGAGCUUAUGA